CCUUUCUUUUUCUCGCUUUGCUUUUUCGCUUCACUCGCUUCACUUUUUCAAGACAAGUACUUUCUUCACUAUGAGCUUCACGUCUCUCAGGCUCGAUUCAAACCCUAUUACUUCCCCCAAGUGGACCCACCGCCGUCUCCCCCACCGGUCCCUUCUCCAUCCUCGGAACGUCGUAGUAUGCUCCGUCAAAUCUCCUCCCUCCUCGCCGUCGUUGAGCGUCGCCGCCAGCGACUCUCUAAGUCGUAUCGAAUCUCUCAGUCAAGUUUCCGGCGUUUUAGGCUGCCAGUGGGGCGAUGAAGGUAAAGGCAAACUCGUCGACAUCUUGGCUCAGCAUUUCGACGUCGUCGCUCGCUGCCAGGGUGGUGCUAAUGCUGGUCAUACCAUCUACAAUUCAGAGGGAAAAAAAUUUGCUCUUCACCUUGUUCCUUCUGGUAUUCUUAAUGAGGAUACUCUCUGUGUUAUUGGCAAUGGAGUUGUGGUGCAUCUUCCAGGUUUGUUUAAGGAGAUUGAUGGCCUGGAAUCAAAUGGUGUCUCCUGCGAGGGAAGGAUAUUAGUGUCGGACCGUGCUCACCUGUUAUUUGAUUUCCACCAACAAGUAGAUGGGCUUAGAGAAGCUGAGCUUGCUAAAUCAUUUAUUGGCACUACUAGAAGAGGGAUUGGACCUUGUUACUCUAGCAAGGUGAUCCGUAAUGGCAUUAGAGUAAGUGACUUGAGGCACAUGGAUACUUUUCCUCAGAAGCUUGAUAUUUUAUUGUCAGAUGCAGCUUCAAGGUUCCAAGGUUUUAACUAUGGCCCAGAAAUGCUUAGGGAUGAAGUUGAGAUAUACAAGAGAUUUGCAGAAAGGUUGGAACCCUUUAUUGCAGAUACUGUGCAUGUUAUGAAUGAAUCCAUUGUGCAGAAGAAGAAGAUUUUGGUGGAAGGUGGUCAAGCUACUAUGCUAGACAUUGACUUUGGAACUUAUCCUUUUGUGACUUCGUCCAGCCCGUCAGCUGGUGGGAUCUGUACUGGUCUUGGUAUUGCACCAAGAGUCGUUGGUGAUCUCAUUGGAGUGGUGAAGGCAUACACUACAAGGGUUGGUUCUGGUCCUUUCCCUACUGAGAUCUUGGGUCAGGGGGGUGACCUACUUAGAUUUGCUGGGCAGGAGUUUGGAACCACAACUGGCCGUCCUCGACGUUGUGGUUGGCUUGAUAUAGUUGCACUGAAGUAUUGCUGUCAGAUUAAUGGCUUUUCUUCUUUAAAUCUGACCAAACUUGAUGUUCUAUCUGAUCUUCCUGAAAUUCAAUUGGGGGUUGCUUAUAAGCAAAUGGAUGGCACACCAAUUAAAUCAUUUCCCGCUGAUCUUCGUGUUCUUGAACAGUUGAAGGUUGAAUAUGAGGUUUUACCUGGAUGGAAGACUGAUAUAUCUUCUAUUAGAAACUACACGGACCUUCCAAAAGCUGCACGUCAAUAUGUGGAGAGGAUAGAAGAACUCGUUGGUGUACCUAUCCAUUACAUUGGCGUUGGGCCUGGACGUGAUGCUCUUAUAUACAAGUAAAUUCAACUGUUCUUUAUUUAGACAGCCAGGCUAUUAUACUCUUGGUGGUGAAUAAAAUCUUACUGUGCUGCAGCAUUUGACCCCCCAAUUAUGCCCGGCAUAUUUUUAGACAGAACAUAAAAAAAGCUACAUUUUUUAGGGCAAAUGAAGUUGAUGCACCAAUUCUGCCCUUCACAUAUGGUGUCUACUUCUAAAUUGAAUGUUCAAUUAUAUUAAACCAUUAGGGAUUUGUUAAGAUGCAGUAUUAGACAAGAGGUUUUCAGUUGCAGCAGUUGAUCUUUUUGAUAUAUUUACAAUAGUUUUUGUAGCUGUAAAAGUUUUGGUUGCAAGCAAUGCAUGGAUCGUCCUCAUGGCUAAACUUUCCAGGAAA